AUGUUUUACUCAUACACACUUGGUAUUUUAUUGUUUGUCGCGGGAUCCUAUGCUUUGUAUGAUUCAUCUUCUGAUGUGGUAGAAUUAACUCCGAGUAAUUUCGAAAGACUCGUCACAAAAUCUGAUGAAGUAUGGAUAGUUGAAUUUUUCGCUCCAUGGUGUGGGCACUGUAAAAAUCUGGUUCCUGAAUACAAAAAGGCUGCUCGAGCAUUAAAGGGCAUCAUAAAAGUUGGAGCAGUAGAUGCAGAUCAAUACAAAGAGUUUGCUCAGAAGUAUGGAGUCACAGGAUUCCCAACUAUCAAGGUGUUUACUGGUAGCAAGCAUACACCAUACCAAGGACAAAGAACUGCAGAGGCUUUUGUAGAUGCAGGUAUUAAGGCAGCUAAAGAAAAAGCUUAUGAUAAUCUCGGAAAGAAAUCCAGUGGAUCAUCAUCUGAUAAGUCGGAUGUAAUCACACUUACUGAUAGCAACUUCAAAGAGCUGGUGCUAGACAGUGAAGAUCUUUGGUUAGUGGAGUUCUUUGCGCCCUGGUGUGGACAUUGCAAGAAUCUUGAGCCACACUGGGCCAAGGCUGCUACGGAACUUAAAGGAAAGGUUAAAUUAGGAGCUUUAGAUGCAACAGUACAUCAAGUAAUGGCCUCCCGCUACCAAGUACAAGGCUAUCCCACGAUCAAGAUGUUCCCUGCUGGCAAGAAGACAAGUGAUUCUGUAGAAGACUAUAAUGGCGGCAGGACUGCCAGCGAUAUUGUAGCAUGGGCUCUUGAGAAAGUUGCUGAGAACAUUGCUCCACCAGAGAUUGUGCAGGUAGUAAAUGAAGAAACAAUGAAGGCUUGCAGUGAAAAACCUUUGUGUGUAGUAUCUAUUUUACCUCACAUUUUGGACUGCAAUGCCGCUUGCCGCAAUGAAUACAUUUCAAUAUUGACUCGUCUAGGUGAAAAAUACAAAAACAAGAUGUGGGGAUGGGUUUGGACCGAAGCAGGUGCACAACUGGCAUUAGAAGAAGCUCUUGAAUUAGGAGGCUUUGGUUACCCCGCAAUGGCAGUAGUCAAUGCUAAGAAAUUGAAAUUCUCUACUCUUCGAGGUUCAUUCUCAGAAUCUGGCAUUAAUGAGUUCCUCAGGGACCUUUCCUUCGGUCGUGGUCAAACAGCUCCAGUCAAAGGUGCAGAAAUGCCCAAGAUUGUCACCACUGAACCUUGGGAUGGUAAGGAUGGUGAACUACCACCUGAAGAAGAUAUCGACCUGUCAGAUGUCGAUCUGGAGAAGGAUGAAUUAUAA